AUGGCUCCCAUCCCGAUCACCAUCGUUACGGGCUUCCUGGGCUCGGGCAAGACUACGAUCCUGCUCAACCUGAUCCCCCAGCUGCCGCCGACCUACCGUCUCGCCCUGCUGAAAAACGAGUUCGGCGAUGUUGCGGUCGACUCGCAGCUGGCGGCCGCAAACUCCAUCUCCGGCGUACGCGAGCUGCUCAACGGCUGCAUCUGCUGCAACCUCGUCGGCCAGCUCGGCGAUGCGCUCGUCCAGCUGCGCGAGGAAGUCAAGCCGGACCGUAUUAUCAUCGAGACCAGCGGCAGCGCCUUUCCAGCCACCCUGGCGAUGGAGGUGAAUCGCGUCUCGAGCGAGCACAAGGGGGAGUUUAUGCUCGACGGCGUCGUGGCGGUCAUCGACGUCGAGAACUGGGAGGGCUACGACGACACCUCGUACACGGCCAAGCUACAGGCGCGAUACACCGAUCUGAUCGUGUUCAAUAAAUGGGAGCUGGUCUCGGAGCGGCGGUUUGAUAUCUGUCUCGACCGCGUGGGAGACUUGGACGUGCAGACCGCCUGGGUCAAGUCGGACAAGGGAAGAGUCGACAAGGACGUCCUCUUGGGCAUCGACGGAGCUCUGCUGGCGAAGAUGGGCAGCUCGACGGAGCACCAGGAUGCCUUGGGUGUCCCUAACCAUGACCAUGACCACGGCCAUUCCCAUUCCCACCAGUCCGAGGUCGAGGUGCUGUCCGUCUCGCUCGCCGGAGACGCAGUCGUCGACUCAGAAGCCUUCACGGCCUUCCUGCAGUCCUCCCCCAAGGAUGAAAUCUACCGCAUAAAGGGGAUAGUUCAGUUUGCCUCCGAUCAGAUUCCAGCAGACUCGUCGGGUGAAGUGACUGCUGCCUGCUCUGAUUCACCGGUGCAGACGUCCAUCCUCAACUGGGCCUUUGGACGGUGGACUCUCACCCCUUCUCCAUCUCCAUCCCCAUCCCCAUCCCCAUCCCCGUCCCUAUCCCCAUCCACGGCCACAGAAACAUCUCCGGUCGCCAGGCUGACCAUGAUCCUUGCGCGGUAUGAAGCUGCCAAGUGGAAGAGGAAGCUCGAGGGAGGAAACUUGGUGAAGGCGGCUGGCCCUGCCCCUGCCACGACUUCUCUGCAGGUCGACAUCAUUGGCUAA